UUACAAUAUUAUAUUUAUUUCUAUAUAAAUAUAAUAAUAUAUUAAUAAAAAAAUCUUUUCCUCGAGUUGAUAAUAUUUGCUUUGAUCAGCGCUCUCUAUUUCGUGUAGCAGAAAAUGUUCUAUACGACUUAUUCUAAGUUGUACACUAACCUAUAGACGACAUGGCAAAGGAACUACACAAAUGUUUGAUAAAUUAUUUCUCACAGUUAGAGAAAGUAAGUUGUAAAUGGAAUCAAUUGUUUGAAGAAGCCAAACGGCCUCUACACGGAUUAAAGAAUCAAUCAGAACAACUUCGACUCGUCAUAAGCAAUGAAGUCGAUGAUGCAGAACUCUGUAAAAUAGAUGAACUACGUGAAAGAUUGAUUUUUAAAAUUCUUAUGGGAAUCGACAGCGAACUUGAACUGCUCUUAGAUAUUUUGACACGAUUUAAUAACAUUAAUCAAGAUCUAAAAAAUCGUUUAAAUAAUUUGGAAGAAACAAGAAGCAAAAUUUCAUUAGAUGAAGAAACGAUGAAAGAAUUAAUCAAUGGUACACCUUAUAGACCAAGAUUAAAUUUACUUUUACAAUGGGCUAUCGAAGCUUUUAAUUACUACCACGAAUUAUAUUUGUUGAUCAAUAAGAACAUAAAACAAUUCAAUUAUAAAGACGAGGAAACGAUAGAAAAUUUAACAAAGUCUUUUGUCGAGGAUCGGUUUAAAAAACCGCGGAUCGAACGAAUACUCUAUUUCACACAAUUUCUAAUAAAAGAAUCCGUUCAUUAAGAGUUUUUUUUUUUUUUUUCUACAUUUCAAUUCAUAAA